AUGGAUACACCAUUUAGGCUUGUGAUCAAAAAACAAACCAGAGGGAAGAUCGACCAUGGUCUGUCUGAAACCAACGAGUAUUCUACACGAGUCACCUUGAACCACACGAUAAAUCACCUUCUAGACCAGGUCUUGCUGAAUACAGUCGAGUUGGAUGACAUCCCGGAACAAGGUUUUAGUCCGUUUUUUCAGAUUGCCGGCCGCGAAGUCACAGGGCUGCGUCAUUUAUACGAAAUCCUACAUUUGGAAAGCCCAGAUUCAGUCGUCUAUAGUGACCAGCUAGAACUUAUAUGUGACUACAGAAACCCUGAUAGAUAUGGACAUAGAAUUCCAGCGCCUGAGUUUUUUGAUGUGGAAGUUGUCAAGGCUGGCCCGGAUGGCAGACAUUUGUUGUAUUGUAGGGAGACAAUUGUCUCUACAACCAGUAGUAUCAAAGAGCAAGCGGCAGAGAAAUUGGGAUUGUCCGCAGAUGAAGUAGUUCUACAAUAUGGGAAUCAAGUCUUGAAGGAAGAUCUUGCCCUACGGGAGGUUUUGAAUCUUGAUGUUCCUCCCUUGAGUUCGGUCCAAUUCAGUGUCCAGGCAGAUGGUCUGUCAAUUGAUCAUCAUACAAAUGUGUCGCGGGCCGAUAUGAGACUGAACUCAGAAGAGUUCUAUGUAAUCAGUGCGAACGGCUCCUCGGUAGAGUUGUCUACUAUGGAUUGUAUCUUGAAUCCAGAGGGUUACAUACUCCUCAACAAGUUUGCACAAGAGAAAUUGAGAAGAGAGCUCAAUCUACAAGAUAUUGUCGAAUCAAUACCUUCCUCAGGUAUUAAUUCACCUACGCCGACUCGCAUGGCCGACUCAAACGACGCAAAUCUACCUGGAAACGGUGCGGCUCAGGAAAUUCCUCCUCAAGAAGGUGCUGAGCAGCCUGUCGAGGAGGCCUACGUCAAUUUCAAUGUGGAUGUAGAUGAAGGGCCCAAUCAAGAUGAUGCGCCUCGAGUUGUACAAAAUCAAAGUAUAUUUCUGCUUGUGCUUCGAGAAAUUUCAGACAAUGUUGACGGAUUGGCCCAACUGGUAGUGCGGCUCGCCAUAGCAUCAGCGUUGAUAGGCCCUCAGAGGGCUUUUUUCAUUUUGCAACCGCCGCUGUUGUUUUUCGUUACGGCAAUUAUUGCCUGGACAAGUUUGUUUUUCUACGGAAAUGUGAUCAGUGAGUGGAUUGACACUAGCCUACUUCCAAAUGCCAAUCACGAGCGUAUUGAUUACACAUUUGCAAAGCUCAUCUCACAAAUCUUCAGGUCCGCCUACGGUAUUACGACAUUUAUGACUGACAUUGCCGCUCGGGGUCAUAAUUACCUUUUGGCGAAAUUACACUACGAUAGGGCCGAAUCACCCCGCAUCAGGGGAAUGAUAGGCGCUGCGACAGUUGCAAUGUUUUCGGUCGGCGAAUUCCUGUUCGUGCUUUUAUCCACGGCACUUCCCUUUUUAGGAAGUGAGGUGCAGAAAUUUUGCGAGUCGCAGCCACGGAUCGAGCAACUAAAGAUGCAAAAAUUCAUUGCAAAAGUUUUAGAGAAGCAUCCAAACAGUGAUGAAGUCAAGAAUCAAUUGAUAAUGGGCUUAUCGUGCCAUGAAAUUGAGCCAUUGUUAGCGCCAGAGUUGCCUGCAGCCGAAUAUCGAGACUUGGCCAGAUGUUACCUCAACGCUAUCAAAAUGCCUCUUGCAUAA